AUUAUCAUGUUGCUUCUUGCAGCCAUGCAAAGUUUGCUUGAAGCUUCUCCUCGUCCCAGUUCAUGGCUUUCUACCUCUUCAAUGCAUGUAAAUAAGGUGAUGUGUGCCAUUCCGGGUCAUCUCCGUGGCAAUUGAGAGCAUUUAAGCUCCCUCCUUGUCGAGGAGAAAUCGUCCAUGCCUGAAAGGGGAGAAUUGCGCUCGGGCAGCAGUAGUAGCAGGGGCUGUAGCGGCAGUGAAGCUUUCCAAAGAUUGCAUUCGAGCAGAGCAAAGGCAGUGCUGCUCCGCGGUGCCCAAGUUGUUGGUUUGAUCCAAUGGGUGAAGCAAAGUCACAUUGGUGGCGACAAAAGAAGUCUCCGGAUACUUGUUGCUCUUCCGGAUUCUCGUCCUCGAGCUCCACUCCAGGAAUUCUAAGGUUGCAAUGUAAUCAUCACCAUCACACCGAGAAGGAAUCCGCCAUCGCUUUGAGCAGUAAUGGUAAUGAGGCGAACCUCUCGUCCAAGCAUCCCGAAAAGAGAUUUUUGAGCGAGCUGGCGAGCGAGGCCACGAAGAAAGCGAAGACGAGGACCGGAAGCCAUGCUCAGCCUAUGGAGGAAGCCAAGGAAAAACCAUCUUUUGGAAGCUCCGGAGCACACCACCGGGUGUACAGAGGGGUCCGGCGUAGGAGCUGGGGGAAAUGGGUGUCGGAGAUCCGCGAGCCCAAGAAAAAGUCGCGGAUAUGGCUGGGAUCGUUUCCAACACCCGAGAUGGCGGCCCGAGCUCACGACGUGGCGGCCUUGAGCCUCAAGGGCGACGCCGCGCUCCUCAACUUUCCAGAGUCGGCCGACUCGCUCCCUCGCCCCUCGGCCUUGUCUCCAAAGGCGAUUCAAGAGGCCGCGGUGGCUGCAGCGUUUGCAUUCGUCGAUGAUCACACCAAGAACGAAGAGUUCCAAGAGUUCCAAGAGCCCAAAGUAGCAGCGGGAGUGCUCGCUCCAUCAGCGGUGGAAUCGAUACCCCCGGCGACGAGCCAACAAAAAUCGAUUUUGCAGCUCGAGUCGAGUGGCUCUAGCACUUCUACAGCGUCUACUGCUACCACCGUGAUCAACUAUGUGGACGAAGAUCUCGUGUUUAUGAUGCCGAGCGUCAUGCUAUCGCAUAUGGCGCAGGCUUUGCUCGUUGCUCCCCCGCCGAUGUGGGAAGGAGGAUUGAGCGUGGUGGAAGUGGAAGUAGACGAGGAGAUUAGACUGUGGAACUUUGAGGAGCUCAAUCUAUCUUGAGUGACAAAGCUACACUCUAGGCAAA